AUGUUGAAUGAAGAGAAAAAGUUGGAUAACCCAAUCUACACAACAAUGAAAUCCACCAAAGAGCUGGCCUAUCGUUUAUUGCCCGGCCUUAAAUGGCUGAAGGGCUAUACGGGGCAAGAUGCAUUGUCUGAUUUAAUUGCCGGUAUAACCGUUGGACUUACAGUACUGCCACAGGGUUUGGCCUAUGCCACAUUGGCGGGAUUGGAACCGCAGUAUGGUCUAUAUUCCGCCUUUGUGGGUGGCAUAAUUUAUGCAUUUAUUGGUAGCUGCCGUCAGGUGACAAUCGGUCCCACCGCUUUGCUGGCCUUGAUGACCAGCCGUCAUACUGGCUUUGGUUUAAAUUCUGGACCGGCUUAUGCCAUAUUGUUGUGCUUGAUAUCGGGCGUGGUGGAAUUGUUAAUGGCGGUCUUGAGAUUGGGCGCUUUGGUUGAUUUAAUUUCUUUACCCGUUACGGUUGGUUUUACAUCGGCCACAGCUGUUAUUAUUGGAACAUCACAAAUUAAGGGUCUCUUGGGUUUGCGUGGUGGUUCCGGCUCCGGUUUCAUGAAUACCAUGAAAUCAGUAUUUUCAAAUUUAGAUAAAAUCCGCAUUGGAGAUUUUAGUUUAGGUGUGACUGCCCUUGUUAUAUUAUUGCUAUUAAGGAAACUGAAAGACUUAAAAUUAAAAAAUUCCAAUAAAUUCUUGAAAAGUUUUCUUUGGCUUGUUGCCACGGGACGUAAUGCCUUAGUGGUGCUGAUAAGCAGUACAAUUGCCUAUUAUACAUGCCAAAAUUCGUCCACAUGUCCCUUGAUAUUAACGGGGAAGGUGAAAAGUGGUCUACCCGAAUUUCAAUUGCCAAAGUUUGAAACAACAAUUUUGGGUACAAAUGGUACCGAAGUUGAACAAAAUUAUUCCGCAAUGUUUGAAGAAUUGGGACCAUCAAUGAUUAUUUUACCAAUUAUUGCGGUGUUGGGUAAUGUGGCGAUAUCGAAGGCAUUUGGUGGGGCUGGUAUCUCACCAACACGUGAAUUGGUCGCUUUGUCGUUGAGCAACAUUUGCGGUUCAUUCUUUUCAUCGAUACCAGUGACGGGAUCAUUCUCACGCAGUGCCGUCAAUCAUGCCAGUGGUGUUAGGACACCAAUUGGUGGAUUUUAUACCAGUGCAUUGGUGCUGUUGGCCUUGGGCCUACUGACACCAUAUUUUCAAUAUAUUCCCAAGGCUUCGCUGAGUGCGGUUAUUAUAUCGGCGGUUAUAUUUAUGAUUGAAUUUGAGGUUAUCAAACCCUUGUGGCGUUGCAGCCGCCGUGAACUGUUACCCGGUGCCAUAACAUUUGUGGUCAGCCUGGCAGUGGGUGUGGAACUUGGCCUGCUUUUGGGUGUGGGUGCCGAUGUGGCCUUUUUGGUAUAUCGUGUGGCCCGGCCAAUAUUGACAGUUGACAAAUUAAGUACCACCCAUGGCAUAUCGUAUAUUCUGAUACGUCCCAAGCAUAGUUCAUUAUAUUUCCCAGCCAUUGAAUGGGUACGCAGCGGCAUAUCGAAGGCAUUGGAGACACACGGUUCGGCGCCGAUUAUUUUGGAUUGUUCCAAUGUGCAUGAAUUCGAUUUUACCGCCGGACGUGGCAUUGGUGCUUUGAAUGGUGAACUGAAACGCAUGAAUGUUCCGCUGUUUUUACUCAAAGCCACAAAGGAAAUUGUUGUCAUCCUAAAGGAAUCGGCAAAUGCCGAUAUACCUACUUUGGAAAAUCCCGAUGAUUUGGAGACGAUAUUGGAACAGAGUCCCGAUUAUGAACCAUAUCUGCAAGUUAUGAUACCCUUGGUAACAAAUCUCAACGGCAGUACUACGAAUUUAGAACACGAUAAAAAGAAUUGA